AUGCUACGUGAUGAUGUUUCAUAUGGCCAGUGGCUGCUGGCAGUUUGCAGUGAAACCAGCGUGAGAAACCAUGGAAUUGAACGGAGCGUGUCCACCAGAAAACACAAGGAAGAAGGAGAAAGAACGGAGCAGAGCAGGGAGGAUAGACUGAAAGACAGAGGCAUCGCUAGACCCCUAUUACUGGGGCACAUGCCCCAGUAUUUGGAGCGAUGUAAGAAGUGGCUGCGGGCUAUCAACCACCAGAAGUUUGGAGAGGACACAGAUAUGGGAAACCUGAAAACGCGUAGAAUUUGCAGUCGCCAUUUCAAGGAGGAAGAUUACGAACCGAAUGUUCUUGGCAUGAAGAGAACCACUCUGAAAGACACGGCAAUUCCAUCUAUUUUUACCUUCCCGGAUGACGAACAGCCUGGGCCAUCGGGCAUUAAACGCAUUCGCUUAGAGCCUCCAAUUGCGUCUGCUGGGUUAGUGUCGUCGGAUGAUGAAGGAAAAUUGCUGCUGACCUCAACACCGGUCAAAAUUCCUACCUCCGUCCAUGAACAAUUUUCACCAUGCCCAAGUACACCUGGGGCCCUCAAUACCACCAUCAGCAGCAUUGAAGCUAUAGGUGAUGAUGAAAGCUAUCAACCCGAGUCAACCAUCACCUUCACAUCAACAUCAUCAUCAUCAUCAGAUGAAGGUGAAAGGGACUGGCGUGAAAAGAAGCUAAUUGUCAACGAGUCCAGCCUCAUGUCAUUAUUCAAAUUUUGCCAGAUGUGCGGGAAACCAAUUUCAUCCAAGACUAUUGUUGAUGUUGGUGCACAGAGGAAGGUGGAGUGGAUAUGUCUUGGUGGCCAUGCUGGGACCUGGAAAUCUUCACGUGACGUUAGGGGAAUGCCAGAGGUGAACCUCCUUGCAGCAGCAGCUGUUCUGUUCAGAGGGGGCACAUACACCGAACUGGUCAGACUGGUGCAAGACCAUGGGUGUUCAAAUGAUUGGACAUUCAACAUUUUAUAACAUCCAGAAGAUAUACUUGCACCCUGUUAUUGAGGAACUGUAUUGUCAAAAAAGAGAUGAACUCUUGGCAAGCGUGUAUUUAGAACAGGAGGAUGGAAAGAGGUUACAUUUGACCGGUGAUGGCCGAUGUGAUACGCCGGGUUU